AUGGAUAUGGACAGUCCACCAUCUUCUGUUAACCGGAACGGAGUCUCACGGCUACGAGCUACCCUUAUGAAGAAAUCGUGGAUCGGCUUCGAUUUGGACGAUACAUUGCACGAAUUCCGCCGCGCAUCCUCAGCAGCUGUAAGCAAGGUUCUCGCAGAGAUCUCUGAGCGAUACGGUACACCUGUGCCUGCGCUUAGGGAGGAAUACACCAAGAUUCUCCAGACUAGCACAGCAAAUGCAUUUUCCGAUGGCAAGACAUCUUUUCACUAUCGUACAGAAAGAUUCCGACUCCUUCUGGACAAGUUCUUCUUACCGCACGAUGCAGAGCUUAUGAAUCAGCUUCUGGAGUCCUAUGAAGCCACUCUGGUGGCCAACCUCGAGCUGAAGUGCGGAGCGCAAGGCCUCCUAUCGACCAUCAAGAGCAUGGGCAAAAAGAUCAUGGUGAUUACCGAAGGCCCGCAGGAUGCACAGGAGAGAGCGGUCGACGCUCUCGGCAUCAGAAGCUACAUUGAUUUCCUCGCUACAACGAACCGCUUUGGGGCGUCGAAGAGGGACGGUCUGUUUUCGAGAGUCCUGGAGCACCUUGGCAUAUCUUCUGGUGAUAUGGCGUACAUUGGUGACAGUGAGCAGCGAGACAUGCAGCCUGCCAUGGCCGAAGGCAUCAUCUCCAUCCAUCUCGCAGAAGGGAAGAGUGUGUCCCUGGAUUCAUGCCCGCCGAGGGUCAACACACUGCGGGAGCUGCAACACAUCCUUCUCGCGGCUGGAGAUGGUGGUACGAGCGAUAUGAGCUAUUCUUCACUUGCGACUUUGAGCCAACACCACUGA